CGCAAAAAGUCAGCCCUCAAUCAUCUACUGCAUUCUGAUGCAACUCGUCGUCCUCCUGCCGGCCACCGCAGGCCACCAAUACCUACCAUAACUACGUCGCAGAAACCUCUGCCCACAAUAGACCCGCAGCAACCCGUUUUCCUUCGUCUCGGAAAAUUCCUUAGCUUCUCUCCUAGCAUGAACCCAGUCCCUGUUCAUCGCAUCCAACCUCGUGAUCUUCUAUAUGUCCCUGCUAUGUUGCCCUUACCAUCCUCUCAGGCAACAAUUCAAUUUGAUCAGUUUGAAAUAAGUUCUCCACCCCCGCUCAAACAGAGUCGUGCAAUCCCUACAGCAGCAUCUUUCUUUACUCGUACCAAAACACAGUCAUGGGCCACCAGUAGUUGAAGUCGCACCAGACCAUAAAGUCACUGUAACAUACAUGUUCUUGCUUCUCGGUCCCUUUUGCUGAUUUGUGCACUACAGCGGCUUCUUGCUGCCAAACUACCAGAAUACAAGAAAGUAGACGAUACCCGACAUCUGUCUAGCCAUCAGGCUACUGUGCCGCAGGAAAAC